GGCAUUUUUUUAAACUGUUUUUGAAUUUCGUAAACAAACAAUUUUCUAGUUAAAACUUAAGUAAAAGCUUGUGUUCUAUUAAACUAAGAAUAUCUGCAUAAAAGUUAUCAUACAGUAGGUACAAUGAAUAAAUAUUUCAGACUUUGUUGAUUUUAAAAUCUGUUGAAGAAAAGCAAUAAUAAUGGUUGAAGUGGUAUCGUCUUUUUUCUCGUCGGAGGAAACGAAUUUGAUCCAAAAAAGCCCAAACGAUUUGAGCGAUGAAUUUCUUGAAUUAGCUGACGAAAUGAACGAGGCUCUUAAUGAAUUCAAUUUACCACCAGCUGUAAAAUGUGUUUACAAUCCUUCUAUAUAUGCGAGAUAUACUUUUGAAAUGUACGCACGAAAAUACUGUAAUACCAAGAAAAAGAUAAUGUUUUUCGGAAUGAAUCCUGGACCCUGGGGGAUGUCUCAGACAGGGGUACCAUUUGGCGAAAUAAGUUCAGUAAGAGAUUGGCUAGGAAUUGAAGGGCCAGUUAAUAAGCCACCCCAUGAAAUUCGCGAGCGCCCUGUAGAUGGAUUUGAUUGCAAGAGGACAGAGGUCAGCGGUAAACGUUUUUGGGGAUUACUCAAAACCAUAUGUGGUACACCAGAGAAUUUUUUUAAAACAAGUUUUGUAUACAAUUAUAUUAACCAACAGUGGAUGAAGAGCAAUGGUUGUAAUCUUACUCCAGGUGAUUUUAAGGUAUCAGAUAUGGAACCCUUAUACAAUAUUUGUGAUCCUAUUUUUGUGAAAAUAUUAAAAUUGUAUGAAGUGGAAAUUGUAGUGGCAAUAGGAAAAUUCUGUGAGACCAGAGCCCAGAAAGCUAUUAAGAAAUAUUUACCUUCAAGUUCAAUUAAGAUACUGUAUUUAUCCCAUCCAAGCCCUAGGAGUGUAAAUAAUAAUAAUUGGGAGCAGAAGGCUUUGGAAGAAUUAAAAAGACACGAUUUAUUGAAAUAUUACAAAACAAAUUAACAUUCAG